UGACAUUGUGAGAUGAUAGUUGUCACGCACGUAGAAAUUGAAUUUUGUGUGAAAAAAAUUACGACUUUUAUUAAUUAAAAUUAAUUAUAGUGAUAAUGCAAAACACGCGAAACGCAGUAUCGUCGAUGUUAGAGAUGCAAAGUUAACCAUACUACCGAGUGAUGACGUUGAGCAAGGACGAUGUGAUCUUUAGAGUCAAUAGAAACAAACUUUGUCGUCUCAUUGUUUGAUUAUAAUCAUUAUCUCUGCGGAGAUAUUUUGAUAUGUCACAUUUUGGCGAUUUUAUGGACGGCGUCCCCGUGAAAAUCUCUGAAAAAUACAAGCGACCGCCCCGAAUAGAUCUGCCGUACAGCGUGCACGAAUGCCCACUACGAGCUCAAAAUGUGGUCGACAACGCUGUGUAUUGCACUCAGUUUGAGACCAACGUGCUGGCGAAGCUUAAAGAACUUCGGAGCGCUAAAGAAACAAAGAAAAACGAACGUAAACAUCGCUUACAGUUACUAGAGGAAGCCAAACAGAAGAAAUUGGAUGCGAUCGCGGCCGCUGAGGCCGAGGAAAAACUUAAACAGCUCAGCGUCUCUGAAGUAUCGUACCCGAGUACUGACGAGAUAAGUGCAAUAUCUCCCGAUGAGAAAACUGACAAAAACUGUGAUACUACUCCUGUGUUAGAAGAGUCUCCCGAACCGGAGCCCGCUGGUCCCGAAGUCACCUAUCAGACAUGCAGUAACCCGGAACCAGAGCUGAAUAUCCUACAACCUAUACUGUUACAAGCUAACUACCCGCAGAACAGCUUACUAGAUGAUCCUGACCCAUUGCAAGAAUAUAAAACUAAUAAUAAGAUUAAGAAAAUACCACAAUAUAAUCACAAUGUAGAAACCCUAACAUUUAGAGAUUUUGAAAAUGAUACUUCUAGCCCAUUUGAUAAUGUUGAGCUAAAGACAAUAAAUGACAUGGAAUUGUUAGCCCAGAUACUUCAGAGUCAGAAGGAAUCUACAACGAGUUGCAAUCCACAGCAGUAUUUUUCUGAACAAACGUUUGCAGCUCCGAGCUGCGCAUCGCAAGCUCAGACAGAGGGGCUCGCUUACCUACCUAAUUCAUACACUGAACAACAAAUGCAAGGCCCUGGAUUAAUGUAUAUAACACCGCAGCACUAUCCCGUUUCGAACGGUUACUAUGUACCAGCUGACACUGUCUGUGAUAACCAAAUGCCAAUGGAAAACAUGUACAUGCCAAAUUAUCAAUAUUAUGUUCCUACAAAUUCAUAUCCUGCUAACCCUCAAUACUAUAACAAUCCAUUACCAGUCAGUACGGAUAUUAAUCAACUGCAAAGUGAGUCCACAUUCAUUCCUCAACCAUAUUAUUUUCAUCAUUACCAACCAAUGCCUGCACAGAUUCCAACUGAAAAUCUAGUACAGGAUGAGAACAAAACAAAUGAAAACACAAGUACUCAGAUCAAAUCACGCUCUCGAAGUGUGCCGGACAUAGUUAGAGAAUUGAAUGAAGAAAUCAUGUCAGCAAGGCUUCGCGCCAAUGAAAGAUCUUCACAUAACGUAAGUCCAGCUCCAAAAAACAUUCCACAACCAUCUUCAAGCACUGAAAAGAAGGAAAGGAAAAGCAAAAGGAAAUCUGAACAGCUACCAAAUCCUUUAGAAAAGCUGUCUCCAAAGCUCCAGGAUAUGUGUAGGAAGAUACAUGGGAUGGGGUUCCCGCUUGACAGGGUCGCUAGAGUAUGUACGCUUGUAGGUGAUAAUGAUAAAAAGGUGAUCGAGGGUCUGCUAAUACUAGGCGAGCUGAUGGACCUUGGCUUUUCAGAAGGCCGAGUGUCCGCCGCGCUGGCGAAACACGAGUUUAACCGAGACAAGGCAUUGGACGAUUUGGUGUCGUAACGGUUAAAAGGAAAACGGUAUUGAAACGAAAAAAAAUUGGAUGCCCGUAAGACGUUUUAGGUGGUUGAGCAGUAGUGAUCAAUAAUUAUAUUUGACAGAAAAA